AUGAGCUUCAGAGCAGUGCUGCUGUCCUUCGUCCUCAUGUCUCUGAGCUGGUCCAAUGCAGCUGUCAUCACAGGAGCUUGUCAGAGAGACAUACAGUGUGAUUUUGGUACGUGCUGUGCAGUCAGUCUAUGGCUGAGGGGUCUGAGGAUAUGCGUCCCCAGAGGCAUGGAAGGGGAUGAAUGCCAUCCGCUGAGCCACAAGGUACCUUACGCAGGGAAGAGGCAGCACCACACCUGUCCCUGUCUGCCGCACUUGGUGUGCACCAGACUCUCUGCAAACAAGUACAGAUGCACUGACGACUACAAAAACAUGGACUUCAAAUAA